AUGGUGCUGAGCGCGGCGCUGGAAGAGCGAGACGCGCUGCGCGGGGAAGUCCGCGCGGUGGACCCCAAGGAGGCGACAGGGCCUCGGCCGCACAUCGAGCACGCUACGAAGCACCCUCCCGCUGCGCGCGCGCACCAUCGCGCCGUCGCUUCGAAGCAGGAGCGUCGCUCGCAUCAGGUCACUAACGGCCGGCCUAAGAAAGCUGGCGGGGGCGGCAAGGGCACGUGGGGCGAUCCCCUGGACCCGCACAACUAUGAGUACGAGAUGGACCCCGGCGACCCGCUAUAUGAGAGCGACGAGGAAGACGAGGCGAUGCACGUGGCGGUCCCGACGCCCGUCGCCCACACGGUGGAGGACUACAAGCGCAAGGUCGUGGCAGUUCUCGAGGAGUUCUUCUCGUCGGGCGACAUCAGCGCGGCGGCGCAGGAGUUCAAGGAUCUCGCGCAGGAGCACUACCACCACCACGUGGUCAAGCGCAUCGUCACCAUGUCGCUCGACCGCAACGACCGCCACAAGGAGAUGGCGGCGCAGCUGCUCUCCGCGCUCUACGCCGCGGUCAUCGCGCCGGAUCAGCUCGCGAAGGGGUUUAAGAACCUGCUCGAGAGCGUGGAGGAUCUGGAGAUUGAUUGCCCUGGUGCCGGUGAUGUGCUCGCGACGUUCCUCGCGCGGUCCGUGGUUGAUGACGUGCUGCCGCCCGCGUUUCUGAAGCGCAUGGCGAAGAAGCUCGAGACGGGGGAGGUCGGGGGCGCGGGCGGGCAGGCGGGCGCGGAGGACGGGGAAGGGGAAGGGGAAGGGGAAGCGGACGGGUCGGGCGCGGCGCAGGCGCCCGGGGGAACGGGCGGGCGGGCGCUGGAGGUGGUGCGCGCGGCGGAGGGGAAGCUGGCGAGCGCGCACCACGCGGAGGUGCUGGAGAAGUGCUGGGGGGGGUCGGCGCGCGUGACGUACGAGGGCGCGAAGGGGAGCAUCAAGCAGCUGCUGGCGGAGUAUGUGGUGAGCGGCGAGCGCGGAGAGGCGUGCCGCUGCAUCCGCGAGCUCAACCUGCCCUUCUUCCACCACGAGGUGGUGAAGGCGGCGCUGAUAAUGGCGAUGGAGAACAAGCCCAAGGAGGCGGCGCUGCUGUCGCUGCUGCAGGAGGCCGCACAGGAGGGGCUCAUCUCCGCUAGCCAAGUGAGCAAGGGGUUCGGGCGUGUGUUUCAGAACAUCGACGACCUGGCUCUGGACGUGCCGUCAGCGCCGGACGAUCUGCAGCGCAUGGUGGCGCACGCCACGUCCCACGGCUGGCUCUCCUCCGCCUUCGCUGACGGCGUCUGGGCUGACCUCGUCGCUGCUGAGGCGUCUGUUACUACGGAGACCAGCAAGGUUCUCCAGGACUUCAAAGCCUGCUCAUCACUGAUCGUGGCGGAGUAUUUCGAGUCGGGAGACGUGGUGGAGGUGGCGCGGUCGCUGGAGGAGCUGGCGUACCCGGACCUGCACCACCACCUGGUGAAGCGCCUGGUCACCAUGGCGCUCGACCGCAACAACCGCGAGCGCGAGAUGGCCUCUCAGCUGCUCUCCGCGCUCUUCCAAGACGUGCUGCCCACGGAUCAGGUGGAGAUGGGUUUCCUGCGUCUGCUCGAGGCCGUGGACGACCUGGCGCUCGACAUCCCUGAUGCCGCCUCUCAGCUUGCUCUCUUCAUCGCCCGUGCAGUCAUCGACGAUGUGCUCGCCCCACACUUCGUCCUCGGCCUCCCUGGCAACGCCCCUCCCGCCACCCCCACCGGCUCUGAUGCUCCUCCUGCCGACACCACCUCCGCGCCUCCGCCUACCCCUGCCUCCGGCGCUCCUGCCACCGGUUCUACCACCACCGCCGACGCUGCCGGCCCUGCAGCAGCGGCAGCGGCAGCGGCGGCCGAAGAGGCGGAGGAAGCAGCGGUGGGAGGCGGUGGGCCGGCGUUGGCGGCAGUGGCGGCGUCGUCUCUGGCACGGGAGGUGGUGCACAUGGCGCAGGCGCUGAUCACAGCGCGGCACGCGGGCGAGCGGCUGCUGCGGUGCUGGGGGGGCAGUGCGGCGGUGGGGCGCAGCGUGGCUGACGCCAAGGAGAGCGUCACGUCGCUGCUGUCGGAGUAUGUGGCGGGCGGGGAGCUUGGCGAGGCGUGCCGCUGCAUCCGUGAGCUCAACCUGCCCUUCUUCCACCACGAGAUUGUGAAGCAGACGUUGGUGCGAGCAAUGGAGGAGCCAAAGCACGAGCCGUGCGUGCUGCAGCUUCUCCAGGAGGCCUCAGACGAGGCCCUCAUCUCCACCAACCAGAUGGCCCGCGGCUUCCAGCGCGUGGCCGACGCCCUCCCUGACCUCGUGCUCGACCUCCCCAACGCGUUCCUGCAGUUUGCCGCGCUUGCAGAGACCGCCAAGAGCCGCGCGUGGAUCCCCGCGGAUUUCGCGUACAAGGUCGAGGUGGUGGAGGUGGUUGAGGCGGUGGCUGCACCGGGUGCAGGUGCGGGUGGGGAGGAGGGCGCUGGGACGGAUUCGAAACCUGCUGCUGCGUAG